AUGUCCGCCUUCUCCGAUUCAUCGUCCUCAGAGUCGUCAAGCAAUGGUCAUCACGACAGUCCCUUUGAGUACGCAGACUCGCUAUGCACAUCUUCAAACUACGAGGCCCGCUGGAACCCCUAUGAGAGUCUCGGCUUGAGUGUUAAGAAGCUUUCCAUCGACGCUGGCAUCACAUCCAUGACUGGCUACUGCGACAUCGACUCUAUGCUCACCGCCGCCUACCACAACACCAGUGCUUCUCAACCUCAGCGUUUCAGUACUUUCUCACAAUCACCUCCUCGCUCAACCACAUCGAAUCAACAGUACCACCUCCAGCAAGAAGAGGACUCGGUAGAGACUCCCUCAUCACCCGCCCUCGGACGACCCAAGAACAACGCCAGAGUUCCCCACCAGAAAGUGGAGCAGAGAUACCGCGAGAACCUUCAACUGAACUUUGACCGUCUGCGCAAUGCAGUACCCGAGAUCGCUACUCUGCAACCUGCAAGAAGCGGACAGCCACCCAAGCCCUCAAAAGCCGAGGUGCUUGCUGCAGCUUCCGAUUACAUCAGACAACUCGAAGAAGAGAACGAGAUGCUAAGACAAAGCAUGAUGAACGCUGCCGCCGGCGAGCUCGGAAGAAAGAGAGCCAGAACUGGAUGA